ACGGGGGCGGGGGUGUGGAUAUCCACAUAUACACUUGUACACGUAUACAUAUACAUGUGCAUGUCAGUAUACACACAUGGAAAGAGUGCGUGUGGCAGUGCACAUACAUGUCUGCCUGUUUGCACGCACCUGCAUGCGCACACACGCAGUAUGCACCUGCAGGCACGCUGUACCCUAUGUGCUACAGGUGCACUGUGUGUAUACACCUGCACAUGCAGAUGCGUGUGCAUGCAUACACACACACACACACACAUACAUGCAUGUACAUGGCUGCAUGGGCUCACACACCGAGUGCGUGAGUAGGGGUGGGAGUCAGUCAGCUCUAUGAGGCAUGUAAACACCUCGAGGUUUCAACCCAUAGCAUCAGAAGCCGUUGGUAUCUGCUGUGGCAAGGGGUAGGGGGAUUUAGUAUGGGGUAGUUUUAAAAUUGCUCUUCUGUGUAAAGUUAAGAGUAACAGUCCUGAUUUCCUCAAUGCUGAAAAAAGCCCUUCUUCUCCCUGAUUUACAUACUUAGGAACAUGUUUCUAUUUUAACACUGAUUGAUGGAGGUUGGGUGUUUUGCUUUUGUUUUGGCGAGUCUCUGCUCUUACAUUGGUAUGUGGUAUCAUAACUGAUAGGUGAUUUCCCUUGCGGAGUGGGGGGGUGGGGUUCCAAAGAGGAAAUCGUCCACUAUGAAUGCUUUGGGCUUGAUUCGGUACUCUGUAAAGUCAGUGAAAAGACUCCCAUUCAUCUCAGUGUCAAUUGGAUUGGAUCCUUAAAAUGGCUUUUCUUGGGGAAACAAGAAAGAUUAAAAAUAGAUUAAAAAUAAAACAGACGGAUUAAAAAUAGAAUGAAAAGUUUUGACUUUUAAGCUGCUAGUUCAGGUGUAGUAACGGCUGGUAGGGAAUAAAAGUCGUAACUGUUUGGGAACCUUUUGGCCUUUUUGAAGAUAGGCUAGUAUGAUUUGUGGUGGAAAAGCAUCAAACCCUACUUUCCAGCUUUUCUUGUGCUGUUUUCAAGGUUGCUUUGAAGACUGUUUGUUGGCUCCGUUAGUAUCUUUGGAAAUGGUGAUUUGUAUUGGACACGGAACUUUUGUAACUCUUGGAAAGGAUUUCUAAAUGUAUUGUCUACAGAACUAACUAACCGUGGGUAUUUUUAGAGUCCAAAAUGUGAACUAAUUCACUAAUUGAGAAAUUAACUUUUUUUUCUUCUUCUUCUUUCAGCGCUACAACUUGUUGUGAAGCAUUCACAGCUGCUCCACUUAUGCAUAUUUUCAAACAGGCAGGAUCUUUUGAAAACGAUACCUAAUGUUAUGUUAUUAAAAUGGCUAUCCAUACAAGGCAGAGAGUGUAAAAAUGAAAAUGCUGACAGACCUGUAGAGUUGUUCAGCCAAAAUCCAGUUCCCUUCAGGGACCCGGAGCCAGGAGUUCUGCACUGUGCAGUAGCUGGGGAGAAACGAACAGACUGGUGCAGACUCUGGGCUCAUGUAGCUCUAGCCUGAGCCGUCUUCCAGCCAGGUGAGUCCCUCAUUAGCUCCCCCCUGCCCCCUAAAAGCAGCCUCUCGGGCUGCUUGCUCUCCUAAAGGGUCAGGCACAUCCCAGUGCCCUGCUACAUAUUCUGUAUACUAGAUAACCAUGGUAGUUGAUUACUGUGUUAGUUAUUUGUACGUCCUUCGAUGAGGAGAGGUGACAAUCCCGACUAAAGUUCUGUUGUAGCAGAUGCUGUAAAAAUGCAAAUAAAGACUUAGGGUGCGUGUAGAUGAAAUGAAAAUUCCCGUUUAUGUCGACGCAACUGCAUUUGUCACUAUGGCCUGUUUGUUAGUUCUUAUCCUGAAAAGAUAUAGUCUCAAAAAGCUCCAUUUGUAUUCGAAGGCCAAGUCUGCGUGUGCAUAGUUUUCGACAAAUGAGCUGUUAAACUCAGUAAGACUCUUGGCGCAUGAGGCUAAAUGUUUGCAUAAUCUUUUGCAGAAGUGGGGUGUGAAACUAGUUUUACAAAUACACAGCAAAGCUAAGGCAGGUCUUACCUUUAAAGCCGCUAAUCAAUCUAGUGUUAUGACUUCAUUUACUUAGCUAGAGUAAACCAAACAAAGGAAAUGAGACUUAAUAGAUACAGCAUGGGAUACUGGAGUUUUUACAGGUUAGUUUUAUUUUGGUACUGUUUGUAGGCCACAUUAGCCCACUGAUUGCACUGGUUGCUGUGCAAACACACAUGAGCUUCAUGCUGAUAAAUUACAAUUUUAAGCCUUGGGACCGUUCUCUUUCUGUCUUGGUUGGAGGAUUUGGACCAAAAAGGAGAAACACAGGGAGGGGGGACUUUGGGGAAGUGAUUGAACAGAACAAAAUCUGAAAAACGAUUCUGCAAGAAUAUCUUCUUUUACCACCUGUCAUGAUGUAGAAAUAGGCAAGAGGUCAGUUUGGCUUUUAAAUUCAGGAGCAGUGUGUAGGUCUGGGAUGAAAAAAACCACCCCAUUUCUUCCACCUGUUCCCUUAUAUACUAAGCAAAUCUGAUGUAGAGAAAGAAGGGUUUUGUUUUUACGAAAACUGCACUUAACCUUGACCUGGCAAUCGCAUAGCAUCAUAGCUCUUAACUUACUUGAAUAUUUGAUUACUGUAACUUUAAAAAAAAUGAAACAUCUAGGAAUUAAGAACUGUAAAGUAAUAGGUAGUGUGUUAUUUUAUCAUCUCAGGUUCAAGCAGGACAGUUUCAGGAAAGUAUGACUUGAGAGAGGCAGCCAGACAGACAAUCCAAAUGCUUCAGUUGGCAGGAUGAAGUGAUAUGCUAAUGUAAGAGAAAAGGUGGGUGUACAAUGGCAAGGAAAUAAAUACCCGUUAAAGGGAUGGGAGGUCUAGGACAGUGGUUCUCAACUUUUUUUGUACCAGGACCUAUUUAUGAAGAUCAGUGGCCAGUGCUGACCUGCUUUCCCCCAGCCCUGCUAAAGGGAGCCCCCAGCUGCCCCUGUGCCAUUCGGGCCGAAGUCCCGCAGUUUGUGCGGAUUUCAGCGGAGAGAGUCCAGCCCCAGCACAGGCUGGAGGGAGAAGGGGAGGCCUGUGGCGGCCCCCCCUGCCCUGGUCUGGGGCUGCCAUGCCUCACCAGGAGCCUGGUCACGGUCCCUCCAGCCCAUCCCUCAGCAGCGUCUCCCAGUUGCUCUGCCCAUACAAGUAUGAGCACCAGCUGUAGUGCCACCAGCCCAGCUAUGCAGCUCCCCCCGAUGCCUCCUUCUCUUGCUGAAGGGGCAGGCUCCUACCCGUCCUGUCCCCCCUGCCCUGAUGCAGCCUUGGCGCCCGGCUAUCUUCCCCCAUAUCUGGCAGGUACCCAUCCCCCCUGCCCACACACACACACACGCACACACAGUCCCCAAGUCCCGGACCUCCAACCCCCACUGAUCAUACACUUACCUGCAUCCAGCUAUUGGUGCUACUCCCAGGACCCUGCCUGGGUGCAUGCAGGCCAUGGGGAUGUGUGUGCAGAGACGCACGUGUGCCUGCUGCCUCCAGUCACCCAAAGCAGUGACUUGCAGGCAGGCUGGAAUGAAGGUUGUGUGUCUGGGGAAUGACAAGCUAGAUGUGUGUGGGCUAGCUCGGAAGAUGACAUUGGGAGAGAUUGGGGGUGGAGGGGAAGAGGUGGGAGAGGUGGAUUCUUUGCUAGUGAGCUUCCCUGGGAAUCAGCCAGCGUGGGAUAGCUAGAAUCUUCCUGCGAGCCCAGCUGUAGGUGUUCGGAUUCAAUGCUGGCAAGCAUAAUAAAUAUUGUUAUAGUGUUUUGCUGAUAGUGUUAGAGCACAGGUGCUCAACCUCUGGUCCAUGGGCCAAUUGCAGCCUGUGGAGCUAUGAUAUCUGCCCCAUUGGGCUCCCCACAGUUGGGAAAUUUGGGGGUUUCUCACCUGUCAACUCUUUCUUCUGGUGAGACACCCCCCUCCCCCUCCAUUGCCUUUGGAUUGGUUUCUUGUCAUGCCCCUACCUUUCCUCCCUCCAUGGGCUUCGAUUGGGGCUGGCCAAAAAUCCCUGUUCAUGCUGGAUCAGGACUGGGCUGUCCCCUAGCCCGCUCUGGACAGCUGGAUGGGACCCUGUCAUGAACUCCUUGGGCCCCAGACUGGAACCACACUGCGUACUGCUUGCAUAUGGAUUGGGCACUGCCCAUCCGUCUCACCAGACAGAAAGGUUGAGCACUCUUUGUUAAGAGUGGUGUUUUAGCUGUGAUGAUCCAGGAAGCAUGCAAAAGGCAGGGAUUUUUUGGGUGUGGUGACUUUUAUUGGACCAACUGCAUGGUUGGAAUUAAGUUAGAUAAGCUUUCAAACACAAGAUUCAUAAAUUAAUAGAUUCAUAGAUGCUAGGGUUGGAACGGACCUCAACAGACCAUUGAGUCUGACCCCCUGCCUAGGCAGGAAAGAGCGCUGGGGUCAGAUGACCCCAGCCAGAUGCCUAUCCAGCCUUCUCCUAAAGACUCCCAAGGUAGGGGAGAGCACCACCUCCCCUGGAAGCCCAUUCCAAAUUGUGGCCACCCUUACCGUGAAGAAAUUUUUCCUGAUGUCUAGCCUAAAUCUGCUCUCUGUCAGUUUGUGACCAUUGUUCCUUGCUACCCCAAGAGGCGUCCUGGUGAACAGAGCAUCUCCGGUUCCUUGCUGCGCCCCCCUAAUGAAUUUGUAGUUGGCCACAAGAUCACCUCUCAGCCUUCUCUUGUGGAGGCUGAAGAGGUCCAGAUCCCUUAGUCUCUCCUCAUAGGGCUUAGCCUGUAAACCCUUAACCGUAUAAGUGGCUCUCCUCUGGACCCUCUUGAAGCUGUCCACAUCCUUCUUAAAGUAUGGCGCCCAAAACUGGAUGCAGUACUCCAACUGCGGUCUGACCAGUGCCGCAUAGAGGGGAAGUGUCACCUCCUUGGUUCUAGUUGUCAUGCAUCUGCUGAUGCACGAUAAAGUGCAGUUAGCUUUGCUGAUGAUUUCGUCACACUGCCGACUCAUGUUCAUCUUGGAGUCCACUAGGACUCCGAGAUCCCUUUCCGAUUCUGCGCUGCUGAGAGGGUCAUUUCCUAGCCAGUAGGUGCGCUGGAUAUUUUUAUGUUCUAGGUGCAGUACUCUGCAUUUGCCCUUGUUGUACUGUGUCCUGUUGUGUUCAGCCCACUUUUCCAACCUGUCCAGGUCUGCCUGCAGUCAUUCCCUACCCUCCAGAGUGCUUACUUCACCCCACAAUUUAGUAUCAUCUGCAGACUUGCACAGAGGACACUUCACGCCCACAUCCAAGUCACUGAUGAAGACACUGAAGAGUACAGGUCUGAGGACUGAGCCCGGUGGGACCCCACUACCCAGAUGCUUCCAGGUCGAUACCGACCCGUCUACUACCACUCUCUGGGUGCGACCCGCAAGCCAAUUUGCCACCCACCAGACCGUGUAAAGAUCUAAGUCACAGCCUCUUAAUUUAUUUAAGAGAAUGGGAUGAGAUAUGGAAUCGAAGGUCUUCCUAAAAUCCAAAAAAACAACAUCCACCUCUACUUCUGCAUCAGCAUUUUGUGACCUGGUUAUAAAAUGAAACCAGAUGAGUCAGGCAUGAUCCACCUGCUACUGAUCAAUGCUGGUUGCCCUGCUGCAUUAUUUUUCCCACUGGACACCCACAAAUAUGAUCCUUAAUAAUCUUUUCAAAGACUUUUCCAAGGGUGGAGGUGAGGCUGACUGCCGUAUAAUGACUUGUACCCUCUUUCCUCCCCUUUUUGAAAAUGGGGACCACAUUGGCCCUUUUCCAGUCGUCUGGGACCUGACCCGAGUGCCACGAGUGCUCAAACAGCCGUGCCAGUGGUUCUGCAAUGACACCGGCAAAUGCCUUCAGUGCUCGCGGAUGCAGCGCAUCUGGGCCUGCUAACUUAAACACAUCCAGUCCAUCCAAGUGACUCUGCACCACGUCAGCGUUGACAGUUGGUAGGCUGGUAUCCCUCUGAUCCCAUCUAAGAACCUGUUAGGAGACUGAUCUUGACCCUUCUUCAAGGACACUGAGGCAAAAAACUCAUUGAAUAGCUCAGCCUUGUCCCCCCUGUCUGUCACUAAGUGCUCCUGUUUCUUCAGUAGGGGUCCUGUGCUGCCCUGCGCCUUCCUUUUACUCCCUACAUACCUGACAAUAGACUUUUUGUUGUCUUUAAUUUGUGUUGCCAGCCUCAGCUCUGUAGUUGCUUUGGCCUUUCUAACUGGCACCCUGCAAGUGCGGGUCAAGUAGAUACACUCCUCCUUGGUAGCUUCCUCCUGCUUUCACCACCUAUAUGCCUUUUUUUUUUUUUUUUUUUGCCCUUAGGCUUUUCUGGAUGUCUGUGUUUAGCCAAGGAGGUUUUUUGGCCCCUUUCUCCCCUUUCCCUCGCACUGGGAUCAUCUCCCUCUGUGCCUGAAGGAUCGCUUCCUUUAGGAACGACCACCCUUCCUGGACUUCCAUCUCGCCAAUACUCCUCUCCUGCAGUGCAUUGCUGAUUAAACUGAGCACACUGAAGUUAGCCUUCCUAAAGUCAAGCACCUCCAUCCUAUUAUUAUCUUACCCACUCGACGCCCUAUGAUGAAUUUGAUUGAGUGAGUGGUGGUCACUGUCCCCAAGGUGACCACGAAUCUGUAGUUCCCCUACCAGGUCAUCCCCCAUAGCCAACACCAAGUCCAGUGGGACCAUAUACUUCCUGCGUUAGGUGAGCGGUUGGAUUUGGCUGACUGCUCUUCCCAGCAGAUGUCAGGGUAGUUUAGGUCCCCCGUGACAACCAUGUCCCUAGACUGUACGGCCUCUGAGAGCUGCUGCAAGCAUUCCCAGUCUAGCUCUGCUCCUUGAUGUGGUGGUCUGUAGCAGACCCCCAUCACCAGGUCCCUUUCCCCUUGACCUCCAUGUGUCCUAACCCACAAUGCUUUAACUUUCUCUUAAGACUCCCUUCUGUGCACUCACCUGAACACUGUCUGAAGCCAGUGAUGCUGAUGUGCAGUUCAGACUCCUCCUGCUCUCCCCUCAACUAAAUAGGGAUGGGAGAAAACCCCUUCCCACUUCCCUACAGCUGGCCCAGCUCACCUUAUUGCUGCUGCUGGUUCCUUACCACGGCACAGGCACGAAGGGCGCACACAUGCUUGCUUCAGCAUCCAACUAAAAGUCAAAUGUUCUAGGUGAGGCUUGAACUCACAACCUUGGCAUCACUUCCCCAGGGCUGUUUUAGAAGUUUCACAUGCUAACCCACUGCACCACGAGAGCUGAGCUAAAAGGUUCUUUGUCACUAUUUUAGAGCAUUGGUUUAAAGUAAUUGUAUCUCUGCUAUUGGCUUUUGGAUUUAAUAAAGACAUUUGAACUGAAUUACUGACACGCUCAAUCAAAUUCUAACACAACAUGCAGGGCGCAUCUACAUGUGUCACUAUGGCAACUUUACUGUGCUGUAUGUGUGGCACAUGAUUAUUUUUAGCCGCUACUUCACCGUAGUGGCGCGCUAUACCAGGGGAGCGUGUUGCAAUGGGGACGUAGGUGCUGUUUGCGUGUGGAUGCCCAUGGAUGCUACAUCACCAAUUUUGUUUCUUAUACUGCUGUUUUUCCAAAUGUUUCUAAUAAAUCAUAGAAAACUAGGGUUGAAAGGGGUUCCAGUAACUCAUCUAGUCCAACCCCUUGCUAAAAGCAGGACCAUCCUUAAUUUGAUCUUGCCAGAGAUUUGUCGAGCCGGGCCUUAAAAUCCUCCAAGAGUCCACCACCUCUCUAGAUAAGCCGUCCCAGCACUUCACCAGUCUCUUAGUCAGAAAGUUUUUCCUAAUCUCCCACUUGUUCACAUCCUUUCUGUAGUAGGGGGCACAAAACUGAACACAGUACUCCACAUGUAACCGCACCAGUGCAGAAUAGUGGGGAAUAAUGACUUCCCUCAGUGCUGACAACACUCCUACUAAUGCAGCCCGGUGUGCUGUUAGCCUUCUUGGCAACUAGCACACACUGUUGGCACCUAUUCAGCUUAUUGUCCACCGUAACCCCCAGGUCCUUUUCUGUGGAGCUGCUGCCAGCCAGUUGGUCCCAAGCCUGUAGCGGUGCAUGAGACUGUUCUGUCUUAAGUUCAGGACUUUGCACUUAUUCUUCUAGAGCUUUGCCUUCUUCCCCUGCAUGGCUGGUUUGGUGCCUGGCCAUUCUUCCUUCCAUGGGAUUGCCGUGGGGAUGGGCACACCCCGAACCUGCCGCUGUAGUGGGGCCUUGUCAAGCCCCUUGGGCUCAGGUUGAGGCUGACAAAGCCCCCUUUCUGCGCUGUCUUGGGGCUGGCGUGCACCCUGCCUCCCUCUGCACAGAUGGACGGGGCCCUGGCAUGCCUUUGUUUAGAGCGAUGUUUGAGCACCCCGUGGUUUGAGCACCCGUUUGUGUAGAGUUAUGUUCUACCUGUGAUGAUCCAGGAAGUAUGCAAGAGGCAAGAUUUUUUGAGUGUGAUCACUUUUAUUGGACCAACUGAAUGGUUGGAAUUAAGUUAGGCAAGCUUUCAAACGCAAAACGUUCUUUGUCAGUGUUUUAGAGCAGUUGCUUAAAGCAGGUGUUGUCAACCUGGGGUAUGCCUACCCCUGGAGGUAAUUUGAAAGGUCCCAAGGAAUGUACAGGGGCAGGCGCAGAUGUAGGACACCUGCUGCCUCACAGGAGCAGGGCCAGGGCGGAGGGAGAACAGGGCCCACAGAAGCUGCGCUGCCGCUGCUCUGCCACUCACCGUGCCCCUGCUCUGUCUGGCCCUUGCCACCCCCCGCCACGUCUGACCGCUCGCCACCCCCACCUGCUCCACAUCCGGCUGCUCCCACCCCCCGGGGGUACACUUUUUAAAAAGGGGGCUGCCGGGGGUACACUUACUAAAAGAAAGGUUGAAAACUACUGGCUUAAAGUCUCUAUAUAUCUGCUAUUGGCUGUUGGAUUUAAUAAAGACAUUUUAGCUGAGUUCCUGACAUACUCAAUCAAACUCUAACACAACAUGCAGUGUUGUUCUGGCUUUUGAAGACUUUGCCCAGAAACCUCUGCUUUUUUAUUAAUUGCUGAUCAUUUUACAGCUUUUAGAGAAAAAGGAAAUUAGUUAAGCUCUUUCUGAGUAGUAAGAUACUCUUAUGUUUAUUAAAAGCUUAAUGAAAUUUGGGACAAUAACCAAAUAAUACCUUUAAAAUAUUUUUUAAAAGUUAUGAUUUUAUAUUAGGGGCGCACCGUGUCGCUGGGUUUCUUAAUCCGCUCCCUCUCUCUGCUCGCCCCUCUUUCCAACCAGACCUUUCCUAGCAAACUUCCUUGUAAACUGGCCUCUGUGCUGCCCCUUGGUCCCAAAAGCUUCCCUUUCCCCUGCUAACCCGCUUCCUCUCUCUAAGUUUACGGUGAAGGAAGGUGAGGGAGAGUUUCCAGAUAAAUUACCUAGCAAACGCCGCCUCCAACUUCCCUCUCACUCUGGACUCCAGUUAAGCAAGGAGCACAAGAACUGGUCUAAUUGCUGUGUAUUAGCGACUUACACUAAAUAGAUGUAGAUUAGGUACUCUCAAUUAAAGCAAGGUCUUACAUUAAAGGCUCCCCUUUAAAGAACGGGGGGCAAACUGACCUGUGAACUAACUUUAAAAAAACAUAAUAUUUCUAUAUAUAAAUAGAUACAUAUCUAUAUAACUGUACCUCUAACACAGUGGUUCCCGAACUGUAGGUCACAACCCCAAAUGGGAUUGAAAAAUCAGCGGGAUGGGGUGGCAGGGGUGGGGGGCUAUGGGUGGGGAGCGAAGGGUCAUGCUGAGGAAUGGGGCCAUAAAUGGGGUCAUGCUGAGGAAAAGUUUGGGAGGCACUGCUCUGACAGCCUGCCUUGUGACUGCCAUGGUUCGCUUGACAGUCCAAACCACACUUGUACAGUUACACCGCUCUUAGUCUUGUUACAAAGACUGUACUGUGCAGUGUGCACACCCGUCACCGUCACAUUGAAACCUGCAAACUGACUUAUGAACUGUUUGCAAACUGCCCCGUUUGCUGCCCCUGGUCACGCAGAGCCUCCUUUUCUCCCCUCCUGGGCCUUGUUAAGACUUUUGUCAGACAGAGGUAGCAGUCCCCCAGCUUGCAGCACUCCCAGCUCCUUAGAGCACGUGCCCAGACGAACAGGCAGCCCCAGCUCACUUUCCUUCCAGGGGUUCGGGUCAGGUGCCUGGCUCCUCUUCCCUUGUCUCCUUUGCCCUGUUUGCUGCCCGUUCACCUUGUUUCUCUCUACUGAGCCUUUCAAUGUACCUCAGUCUAACGUUUAUCUUUAAAUUCUCUUUUAUUUAGAGCCCUUGCUUUCUGUAAGUGCCUUCGUUGCAUCCCAAGACAAAAGCUGCUGCGUCGUUCAACCAGGUAGUCUCCAGCGUGCCACCCUGCCCAGAUUUAUUCCAAGGAAGGAGUAGUGGAUGUGAUCUCUGCGAAAAGAAAGCUUGUCUGGUAAACUGCAACAAAUUGAACUGAUUUGGAGAAACAAGUGGGUUACGUCUGAGCAGCUUCCUUGUUUGGUAGUCAGUUGGCUGAAGAGCGGUUGAUGCUGAUGUUACUUAAUACUAGAUUUACCCUUCUGUGGCCCCUGGCAGAGAGAUCGGGGCGUUCAUCCUCCACUUUGCACAGACUGGACGGAACAACCUGGCUCCCAUCUUAGUUUUGAAGAACUUCAUUGCUGAAAAAUCAAAUGUGCACGUGUUCCCUAAGGAACGUAUCCAUUCAAAGGCAUGAAAGAUAAACGUAUAUUGUUACGUGCAAAUGCUUUGCACAAGUACAUUUGCUGGAUGCAUUUGGUAUGUUCUUCAAGCAAGUAGUGUCGUUAGCUGUUAAAUUCUUGACUCCUCUGUUAGGCUUGGGACAGAAAUUACACACAAGCUGGUCAAAGAGAUUGGAAACAGGUUCAGAUCUGGAACACAACAGAAGGAUGGUGCACAUAAGCCACUUUCAAGAUUGCCGAAACAGGUUUAAGAUAAGCCUGGAUGGAUGUAGUAUGAGACUGAACUGAUUUAGAUUCAAUUGCUUUAUUGUACUUCUGACCCAGACCCUCUCCAGAUUCAUAUUAACACAUAGUCCCCCAGCAUCCUGUCACAACCAAAUUAAGUACUGUCUAUGCCACAAGCAAGAAAUAUAUUAAUCAAAACAGUUUUAGUCUAUACAAGGUAACUAAGGGUUAACUAACAAGAUGAAAAUAACAGGGUUUUUUUCUGCGCAUGUCAAAAAAAAAUUUAUUACUGCGCCACUAACAGAGAUAAAAACUUUUGCCUUCUUUGCUUUAUAUAAAUCAUUGUAAGUGGUCGGAAUGACAGGGGAGUGAGUGUCUGGGAGUGUUCCUAUGAUAACACCCUAGCGAAGACCACUAUACAAUUGGCGAUUCUAAUUAAAUUUAUGACGUGACAAAAAACAAUUGGCUAAUAUACAAAUAAAACCCAUCUUCACUUCCGUGAAGAAGGGGGGACCUCCGUACGAACCUUAGAGACCUCUGAUCACACGUAUCAGAGUAACUGACAACUUGAUCACUUGCCAGUGCCCCCCUCGCGUCUCGACCCAAUCUUAAGACGUAAAUCACCGACCUGCCGGCCCGAUUUUUUUUCCGUUUAUCUGCCCGACGGAAGACUUUCAUGCAGACCGACCUUCGAACCUUAAGCUGUAACUAACCAAAUAUCUCUGACCUCCGUCUGUCACCACCUUAACAGCGUGAGUAAAUAAUCUUGCCUUGCAACCGAUAAGCGUCUGUGCCUAAUUCCACUCCAAGCAUCAUAAGUACCCGCCUGACGGCCUUCAAAGGUCUCGUACCCUUCACUGCAGUGCACGGCAGUGACAUGGCGUCACGAACAGGAUAUGGGGUAGACGCAAUGGAGUUGGAACUAGUAAAGAACUGCCCAUGGCGCAGUGGGGACCGCCUGACAUCCGAUUCGGAUGAAUUAUGGGCACACAUUGCCUACCAUCAGGCAAGGGGAAUAGGACUGAAAGCGGUUACUGGACACUUCUCCCUAAGGGGUGAAGCAGGAGAAGGGAAAGAGUGGAGCGCUCAGCUCGAUGUGAGGGCCCUAGGGUGUGUUAUGAGCGCUAAAGGGGUUAUGUACAGACCCAGGGACGAAGCGGGAAUCAUAUCCCUACAUCGGGUGAAGGUGGUGACAGCGGCAAAAGUGCCGGCAGGGGUGGACCCAACCCCUGCCCAAGAGAUUGCCCGUUGCAUCUGCCACGUACGAGAGGGCGGGGAAGGAACACCCCCCGACAAGUUUAACUGUCCGACCAUGGUGCCCCAGUCCCCAGUCACAAACUCUUCACCCAGCUCCGUGAAAACUUGGAGACAGAGGGUUGCACCGCGACCAAAUGGGCAGGCCCCAAGUGGAAAAAAGAAAAAAUGAUUAAUGUUCUGUUCCGCGCAUUUGCUAACGCAACGCGCUAUAUUAAAAAUUUGAAUAGCCAACUUCUGACCCUGGGAAAAGUCACAGCUAAAAAUGCUGCUGCGCAGGAAUCGCCUACACCAUCGCCCCAAUAUGGCGCCAGCGAAAAACUCAGCUUCUUCAAAGAAUCGGAGAAGAAGGGCGGAGCUUCAGAAAAGGACGCGGAGGACAGAGUUGUGGGAGGUCCACAACUACCUCAUUCUCUACGGGAGUACAACGGGGCAGACCCAACGGCUCCGACCCCGGAACAUCAGCUACCGCCUCCCUAUGACGAAGAAAAAAAACCCUCCAAGUUAAUAUAUCCCCCCUCCCUACCAACGGAGAAUCCGCCCCCACCGAUGAAGUCUUCGCCGACUUCCAUGAAAACGGCCUUCCCUAUCGUUGUUACAAAAUACACAACGGAUCCACAAGGCGUAACUCACGCUACUUCCACCUACCGCACCCAUAACCGAACAGAGAUACAAGAUAUUUUUCAGCUAUCCGAAUUUAAACCAGGAGAAACCCUGGCGAUUUGGCUUGGCCGACUGGUAGUUGAAUUUGGCUCAGAAUUACUGGACAUGGAAGAGGCCAGCUUCCUCAUCCGUCAAGCUGCAUGGAGUGGAGGACACGCCACCGACCGCGGCCCAAUCAUGAAAAACCAACACUGGGCCAUACCACUCCCUGUGCUUCUAGCCCGCCAAAUCGUGAACAAGUCCCACCUGUGGCACAACGACCGCCCAGAAAUAACAUCGGCAAAACAACUUUUAUUAGCAACAAUAGGAACCUCGUACUACACAUGGGAUGGGGGGCCCACAGCCGACGGGUAUUCAACACAACAGGUUCGGCUUGACAGAGCAACAGGCCGCUGGGCCGUGGCCACAUCGAUUCCUAACGCAACCCGGAAUGGUUCCAAUCACCCCUAAAGCCUUGGAAGCUUGCAUAGACAUCUAUGGGGGAUCUCAUGCCAUCACUCUUUGCCUCCUCCUUACCCCGCAAAUAGACGGACGGGCCGGAAACAUCCUCAGUCAAUUGGGCCGUAUCCAAACCCUCAUAAAGCCAACAGCGAUAACUCAAGGUGUCAAUUGUGCUACAAAACCGGACCCAUUGUCAGUGUACCCCAUAAAACAACCUGAAGUGAACAGACCACCCUACAAAGGCUCACCACCAGUCCCAGGACGGACCCCUAAAGAAAAGGCCAUGUUUUGGUUCCUGAUAAAAGAGUCCGGGCUUACCAAACAACAAUUACGCGCCCUGAGGGACGAUGGGCAAAAGGCCCUAGCAGAAAAGUUGGGAUUCAAUUACACCCAAAAGCCAAAAAACGGGUAGUGGCCGCCGGGCGAGCCGGCGGCCCUACAAAAAAGCCUGACCCUUCGGAUCCUCGCCCAUAUACCAGCCUUAUUAUCGUUCACCCCGAUAAUCCCUCGAUACAACGAAAGAUUUCUUGUCUCCUCGACACGGGAACACAAAUUAACGUCGUAGCACCUGCGACACCUCAUAAAAAGACUUUGAAAACCAUCAUGGUACAAGGGCUAAAUGCUAUAUCAACUGCUAAAAAAGUCAAAUUUUGGAUACACAAUCACAAAAAACCCCUUAAAGAAGUUCUAGGGGGCAUGAACAUCUUGGGCGUACCAGGCAUUAAGACACUCCAGUUAAAAAACUUAAUAUUUCAAGCUCUUCCAUUCUUUAUUGCUGAGCCCGACCGACACCAACCUACGCUUCAUAACACAUCUACAUGGCGUUAUAAACCAAUCCUGACCAAACAACGUCUUCGGGAAGCCCUUGUCACCCUGUUACAGAGGCUCGAACAACAGGGAUAUAUAACACCGAUAGCGGCCAGUACCCACCUAUCACCAGGGUGGGGAAUCGCAAAGCCCGAAAAACCCAACGAAGUCCGACUUAUAGUGGAUUUCCGCGAGGCGAAUAAACGGUGUCUCCCACUUACGCAACCCAAUGCUUUUACGCUACCCCAGUGUUUAUAUAAAAUGGCGAGGUUUCAAGGGGGCAAGUAAGACGGGACGACCCUUGACCUCAAGGACAUGUUUUUCUCCAUCCCAAUUAUUGACAACAGCGGAAUCUUAAACAUGUGCGUCGAAGAUAUGAUAUACCGAUGGACGGUAUGCCCGCAAGGAUAUCGCAACUCUCCUGCAUCGGCCACAGGCGCAAUGAAUGACACACUUAAAGACUUUCGCGCUUCCUAUCCUUUGCCAGCGAAAAAACAACUCAAAAUUUAGAGUUAUGUUGACGACCUUGCCAUUAUGGGUCGUGACCAGCAAGUUGUUGCUGAGGUCACCCGCCGUCUAGUCGACCAUCUCCAUGCUAAGGGCUGGACGGUUAAUUUAAAAAAAAUCAAACUUACAACCCACGAUAAAUAUUACAUUCCUAGGUACCAGAUUUACCGGCGCAACUAGAUCCGGUGUCACACACGACAAAACCCCGGAGCUCGGUACACUUAAAGAUCCAUUACCAAUGCACAAAAAGCAAUUUCAACGGCUCUUGGGACAUCUCAAUUGAUAUCAACAUUACAUCACUCCGCGUUACCUUCCGCUAUUGGCGAGACUCCAGCGUCAGACCCGCGACAAAUUGCGGAAAGCCACACCUUGGACGGACAAAGACAGAAAGGAUCUUCAUAAUCUUCUCCACGCUGUGAAACACACGCCACUUCAAGCACUUAACCUCACCGAGACAUUAAUAAUUACUUUGGGAUAUACUGCCAGUCAUGUAUGGGCCACUGCCCAUAACCCCCAAAACGAACUGGUGUAUGCCUCACACAAAGCUCUCCAGACAACACAACAUCGCUACGGAGCCUUUACAAAAAUUCUGUUGACAGAAAGACUCGUCACAUUACUAUCCCAGGGACAUGAAACGCUUCGAACACCAGCUGCUACUCUCUUACCUUUGCUAAACGCCACAAAGGUUGACUCACAGUUCCAAGGAGAACCGGAUACUUGGAACAAAAUGGUAUUACAUUACCACUAUCAUUGGUGUUGUUAAAAGUGCGAAGACUUGCCACCCGGUCCCGAUACACAAGAUGACGCAACGCUCACUCUCUAUGAGACCAUAGCCCCAGCCUAGGUGGCCUCCGAUGACACCACUCGAAAUGGACGGGGCUACGGGUUCUACUACAAACCGUGCCAUGAUGUGGGAUUACACAGAGCCCCGGAAGGGGCUACAGCCCCAAAAAAUGAACUCUUAGGUUUUAAAGUUGUCAUCCGCCACUGUCUUCAACAUCACGACGGAACACUUCCGACUCCCAUCAUAGCUAUUGAUUCCCAAUAUGUCUACAAAAUUGUUACUGGCACAGCGACUGCGGCGGAAAACCUAGAGGAUUGAAAAAAAAUCUGGGACCUGUUAUCCCAAUUUAUUGUUCUACCGCUCGUAAAACACACCAAGUCGCAUAAACUUAAAACUGAUCCAGUACAUAAAAUCAUCGACAAGCUUCUAAAAGACCCUCUCUGGAGUGAUGUUGUCUUAGUUGCUAAAGCAAACGACCCCAAACCACAGUUCGAUCCGUUCCUUACGUGGCUACAUGAACACUGGGGACACCCAGGACCAAGGGCUAGCCACCUCCCAGAUGACUCUACAAAACCGCUUAACAUUAGACGCCAUUCUUCUUCAACAAGGUGGACUUUGUCAAUACCUUAACCUUUCUCAUAACCAUUGUUAUAUUGCCAUUCCCAGUGUAUCUCUCCCUCUAUCUCUACAAGUUGACAAAAUAAAAAAAAAUUACAAAAAACGUCAACCGACUUUCGGGUAUAGGUCAAGGUUGGCUAUCAGACCUCUUCCGUUGGUUUAGAUGGGACACAUCAUCAUGGUUUCUCAACUUGUUAAUGCCCCUCAUUACGCUGUUGUUACCGAUUGCUGUGUUUAUAUGUUUUGGUUAUUGGAUUUUACAAUAUCUCAAAACAAAGCUA